AAGAAUGCCGGAAAGAUGGCGGUAGCGGCGGCGGCGGCGGCGGGCCCGAGCGGCGGGGGAGGCGGCCGCGCGCCGCGGAGCGGGCCGCUGGAAGUUCUGGUGCGGGACCGCUGGCACAAAGUUCUGGUGAACUUGGGCGAGGACGCGCUGGUCCUGAGCUGCGAGGAGGGCGCCGCGGCGUCCAACGGCCUGGGCACCGCCACCAAUGGCGCGUUCUGCAGGGGCGCGGGCGGCGCGCAGCCCCCCGACUCGCCGGCCGGGGUCCGCACCGCCUUCACCGACCUGCCCGAGCAGGUGCCCGAGGCCAUCUCCAACCAGAAGCGCGGCGUGAAGGUGCUGAAGCAGGAGCUGGGCGGGCUGGGCAUCAGCAUCAAGGGAGGCAAGGAGAACAAGAUGCCCAUCCUCAUCAGCAAGAUCUUCAAGGGGCUGGCGGCCGACCAGACCCAGGCCCUGUACGUGGGCGACGCCAUCCUGUCGGUGAACGGGGCCGACCUGCGGGACGCCACCCACGACGAGGCGGUGCAGGCGCUGAAGCGCGCGGGCAGGGAGGUGCUGCUGGAAGUGAAGUACAUGCGAGAAGCCACCCCCUAUGUGAAGAAAGGCUCCCCGGUAUCAGAGAUCGGCUGGGAAACGCCUCCACCCGAAUCCCCUCGGCUAGGGGCCAGCUCCUCAGACCCCCUGUCAUCACAGCCCUGCUCCUUCCAUAGAGAUCGGAAGAGCAUCCCCCUCAAGAUGUGCUAUGUCACCCGGAGUAUGGCCUCUGCUGACCCUGAGAACAGGCAGCUUGAAAUCCACUCUCCGGAUGCUAAGCACACAGUGAUCCUGAGGAGCAAGGACUCAGCCACUGCCCAGGCCUGGUUCAGUGCCAUCCAUUCCAAUGUGAGUGACCUGCUGACCCAAGUGAUUGCUGAGGUCAGAGAGCAGUUGGGGAAAACAGGCAUUGCUGGGAGCCGAGAGAUCAGGCAUCUUGGCUGGCUUGCAGAUAAGGUGCCUGGGGAGAGUGAGAAGCAGUGGAAGCCAGCACUCGUUGUACUGACUGAGAAGGACCUUUUAAUCUAUGACAGCAUGCCCCGGAGGAAGGAAGCCUGGUUCAGCCCAGUUCACACAUACCCUCUUCUUGCCACCAGGCUGGUCCAUUCAGGUCCAGGCAAAGGAUCGCCCCAGGCUGGUGCAGAUCUGUCUUUUGCUACCCGGACGGGCACCAGGCAGGGGAUCGAAACACACCUCUUUAGGGCUGAGACCAGCAGGGACCUGUCUCACUGGACAAGGAGCAUAGUGCAGGGCUGCCACAACUCGGCAGAGCUGGUCACUGAAGUCACCACAGCUUGCACCUACAAAAACCAGGAGUGCCGCUUGACCGUACAUUAUGAGAAUGGAUUUUCUAUUACCACUGAACCGCAGGAGGGUGCCUUUCCCAAGACCAUCAUACAGUCUCCCUAUGAGAAGCUGAAAAUGUCUUCAGAUGAUGGAAUCAGGAUGCUGUACUUAGAUUUUGGAGGCAAAGAUGGAGAGAUUCAACUGGACCUUCAUUCCUGCCCCAAGCCGAUUGUUUUCAUCAUUCACUCCUUCCUGUCUGCGAAGAUCACAAGGCUGGGCUUGGUGGCCUGAAGAGAGGGGUGACCUCCUUUGUGCUACCUGGGGUGCGACAUCGGACACCAUGUGGCGUGAGCAGCGCACCAGAUGUGGCAUGCCACACGGUCAGCUUUAGAUCUCGAGUACUCUGAACUAUCCCCGACUUCUCUGUCAGCUUCACCAACUACAAGGGAGGACCCCCAAGAAAACACCAGGAGGAAUAUCAGAAGAGAGCUGGCUUUUUAGAACAGCAGCAGGAAGGGUAGAGGUGAGGGCGAAGGGAAGUCAGAGCAUAGCUUUGAAAUAAUGACAGUGAAGGACAUCGUGAACGUUAGAACAGCAUGCGCAGAUCGUAAUCAGACCAGUUUCUAGGCAACUGGUUCACCCAGGUAAGCAAGAGCUGAAUGGACGAGGAAUGGACAUCUUCACCUCUCUCGCCCCCAGUAGCAGUGAUCCCUUGUUUUAUUGUGAUUUAUUGCCUACUUCUAAUUGAAUUGGCUUUUGCUGGUAAGGAACGAGCAGCGCUUCAAAUGGAAACCCACCUGUUCUUUAAGUAUGAAGCAGCUGUAGUUUUUUUCUUAAUGAAUUAUCUUUCAAUGAUGUAGAAUGAUUCUGAAGUAUUCUCAUUAGCAUAUGCUGAGCAGGAAUUAAAUACAGCCUCAGAUACUGAUCUGAGCUGUAGGCUGGUGGAAUCUGAGCCAAAGGAGACUGUUUAUAUUGCAAAGCUUUGCGGUGCAGAAGCGUAGUGUGCUCGAAAGGUGAUUAAUCUGGGGGCUGCACUCACACCAAGGUGUGGUUAUCUUAGAGCCAAGAGUGAUAGCCUUACUUAUAGAAAGCAAAUUACGGAUAUUUUUUUAAAAGAUUGUCAUUUGAGAUAUAUAUGUAGCAUAUAUAUCUCAUAUAUAUAUAUAACAUAUAUAUAUAUAUAAAAACAACUUACAUGAGGUUAACUAAUUAUCCCCAUUUUGUGGUGUUCAGUGGCAGUACUGAGCAAUUUAUGGACCCUUGUUCCUGCCUGUGCUUGUAUGCAUGCGUUUUCGAACCAGUCAUAGAGCAGCCUCAUAUAAUUCUGACAGCAUCCACAGCUCUUAGGAAUUCCAGGGAAAUAAUAUAAUGACCUGAUAUUUUUCUACAAGAAUAUUUUCAAAAAACAUAGAGCAUAAUACUGAUUUAUUGCUUUUAUUUUUACCUUUCAAUGCAAAUUCACCAAAAAGAUACCCGUAUUACUGAAUUUUGGAGUCACUUUCCUCAAACCUUAAAAAUAAGCUCUAGAGUUUCUGUAAGCAUUCAUAACCCUUCUUUCCCAUGUACUUUACCUAAACAGAGGCUCUGGAAUCGACCUGUGUGUUUUUUCAGAAUUGUCUUUCAGUACAUACCUAUGCAAAGAGCUUUUAAAAGUGAAACGGUUUUAAAGGAAUGUAAUUUUGCCCACUGAGAUGUAUGUUUAUUGAAUUACAAAGCAGUGUCCAAAGCUUGUAUCAUAUAACACUAGUUGCAAAGGGCAUGGAAUGAGAGGUGUUUUGCAAGAGCAGUGAAAAUAAGAGGUUUGACAAUCAAAAAUGUGUUAAAUAUUGAGAUAAAAAAACGUUAAACAGAUUACUGAUUAUGGGUCUCCUCAAAGACUUUAAGGUACACCGUGUGAUUCUACAAGGGAGGAUCCCAUGUACCAUUCCUACACUUACUUACAAAGCAUCUUCUGAAGGAAGUGUUUUAAAAAAACAAAAACAGGGGUGCCUGGCUGACUCCAUCAGUAGAGCAUGCAACUCUUGAUCUCAGGAUCAUGAGUGCAAGCCCCAUGUUGCGUGUAGAGAUUACUUAAAUAAAAUAAAAUAAGACAAGACAAAAAACACUUUGGAAAAUACAGCCACUGUUUUUUUCGUUGUUGUUUCCCAUUUCAAAAUUCUGAAGAGUGAAGUUCCACCCUGAAUAGUGUAGGAAAGCUUUGAUGCAUUUGUAAAUUAUACUGCACUCUUUCAUUACAGAUUUCCAAAGUCACUGGAAUGUUGCUAUCCAAGAGAAUUAUGCAUUGUAAAUAACAUUAAAAUACAUAUAUUAAUGACAAUAGUUCAACAAUAUGUUAUCUAAGGUGCUCAGUACUACAUGAAGUAUGAGUUAAUUACUCAUAAUUAAAUUGCAAAGAUCCUAUUCUAUAUUUAUAGACAAAUUAAAAUGAUCAUAAUUACAAAUAUUUCUUCAUCAGUUAAGUUUUAGACUGAUUAAUAUCUGGGUGGGGGUCAACAAAUUACAUUCUCUGCAUUUAUAAAAACUUAAUUUAAAUAUUUAUAUUUUAGAAAAUACAUUUGAAUAAAUUAAUACAUUUUCUGAAUUAAAAUGUAUUAGCAAGAAGUAGACAAUUUUACUAAGAGAAUUAUGUAUAUGAAUCUUUUUUUCCUUCAGAGUUAAAGUGUAGCAUAUCAGAGUGGCUAUGAUGAAUCAAUUUCAAAUACUCAAUUUUUCUUGUACACCAAGCACCAAUUUUCCUUGUUCUGAAUUCAGGACAUUACAAUGAUUUUACACUGUAGAUUCUAACCUUGUCUUGAUGUGUGUUAUGAAUGUUGUGAAUGACACACAGUCAUACGUCUGGAUCAUGCCUGGGUACGGUCAGUGAAUCAGUUGAGUCAUUAUGGGGAAUUUGUUUCUGUCCGAUCUGCUCUGUGCUUAAUCUGUUUAUUUGAAUCAAUGAAUUAUUAAAUUCACGUUUGUCCUUUAAGGGCAAAUCAAUACAAAUGACUGAUAUUUUAACUGUACUUUGUGGGAAGCCACCCAUUUGUUACUAGAUGUGGUUAGGUGAGCCCUAAGCAUCCCAGGGAUUUAAAGAAGGCCAAUAGGAAAAUAGAAGCAAUCACUUUUCUGACUUGAACUUAGAAGAAAAAAACCAUAAACCUCUUUAAAAACACCCAGGUAGAGGCAUUUAGUUAAUUCUAUCAAUUGAUGGAAUUAAAAUGCUGAAAAAUGCAUUCUCCUAAAAUAAAUUAAGGGCCUUUCUGGCCAUCGUUUUACAAAUGCUAGAUAUUCCAUCUUGAGGGGAUUGGCGUGGACUGGGGUCAGAGAGUAAUUUCUGAAUGUACCUUGAGUUAAAAAAAAAAAUGUGCCUAUGUUUAUAGCAUCACGGAUAUCAUGUAAAAUUUAUAUAUGAACUCAAUAAAUAUUCACCUCUGAAUAUCGUA